UAUUCAAAUGAAGUAGUCGAACUUGUUUUCUUUUCUCUUCUCACUCCUAAUUUUAUUCUUUGUUUUCACGUUAACGUGACGCGAUUGUUGACAUUCGGUGUUUUUUUUCCCAAUUACAUGAUGAAUGCUUUUAAGCGUUUUAUUAUAAGUAAACACCCACUUCGAUAGUCACGUUAAAAGUUCCGCUUUGAUGAAUCACACUUGAAAAAAAAGCGUAAAUUUCAAUUGCAAACGAUUUAGUUGGAUUUCAUCAAAACGGAUGGAAGACCAACGACGGCCGCUCACCAAUUGCAUGGCAAAUUGCGUACGCGUUUGGAAAAUUAUCCAACGUCACCACAGUAUCAAACACAGGUGAAUUAUCCAGGUUCGAGCAAUGCGGCUCAACAUCAGGCAAAAGUACAAUAUAUGCAAAUGGUACAGCUAAUGCAACAACAACCAAAUUGGGUCCAAAGACAGGUGCAACCAAACUACGUGCAAUCAGCCUAUGUUCAAACACAACCACAACAACAACCAAACUACGUUCAAACCCAACAGCAACCAGCCCACAUUCAAACUCAACAACAGCAACCAGCCUAUGUUCAAACCCAACAACAGCAACCAAACUAUGUGCAAAAUCAACAACAACCAGCAUAUGUGCAGACCCAACAUCAACCAGCCCAUGUCCAUAGCCAGAAACAACCGAAGAAACAUAUUAAGAGCCAGCCAGCCGCCAAUGUCAACACUCGAAUUAACUACCAAGGGCCUGAAUACGAACAAGUUCAAACCUUCCAAACUGCUCCAACUGCCCCAGUUGUGCCAGUUACAACAACCACAACCACACCGCAACCCAUCUUUGUUAAUGAGCAAGUCGAAGAAGAAGAAGCAGAAGAAGUUCCAGCCCCUAUCCCGGUUCCAGCUGUUCGUGCACCAGUCAGACGCAUCCGUCCUCAGCCAGUGCAACAAGUGCAGCCAGUAAAGCUAGUGCAACAUCGAUUCCAACCACAAUCACAAGGACAAGAUUUCGAUGAUGACCUUUUGGCUCAACAAGAAAUUUCACGUAUUCCACAUGAAGAAACCGAAGAAGAACGUUUGUUGCGUGAAAAACAAGCCAAGAAUGCCUACUACUCAUUUGGAACAUCAAUCGAUGACAAAAUCAACGACCAUUCAAUUCAACGGUCAGAAACACGCGAAGGUUUGGCAUUGCGUGGCAUGUACUCGUACAGCGAUGGUUACUUCAAACGCACCAUCCACUAUGAAGCCGAUGAAAAUGGAUACAGGGUGGUCAAGGAAGAGAUUGAGCCGAUUGGAGAUGGUCCACAGUACAAUCCAAACGGUACCGCUGAUGUCACAGCCGAUUUGCACAACAAUCAACUCAGCUACUCGAUCACCGCCGACGAUUUCGUUCGCGAAAAAGAUAAGAAAAAACCUAAGACUGCCCGUCAAUACGACGAAGACGAAGAGUAAAUCGUCAUAUCUGUUUUUAAUAACAACAUCCAACCCGAUUACAAUAAGCAUUGUAUGAUCACAAUUCAUUUUACUAUCGGAUUGAAGAAAAUAAAACGAAAUAAAUGUUUCAGUAAAUAAAAAGACACUUUAUUGAAAUGAAUUCAAAUGGAAAGAAAGCUCUCGUUUGCUUUGAAA